AUCACUGAAGAGCUUUAAAAGUGGCCUAGAUGCUGAAGGCGCCUCAGCAGGACGCACUGAUCGGAUUGUGACGCAUCCAGAUGCCUUCGUGCUGGAUUUUAAAGACACGCCCUCCGCCCUCUCUCUCUCUCUCAGUUCAUCCAUCUAUCCGUUCAUCCUCUGGCUGCAGUCUGUCGCCCGCGUGACCCGUUAAAACCGAUUUAGCGAUUGGUUGCAUGGCAACAUGGCGACGGAGUUCCAUAAUCUACAGGAGCUGAGGCACAGUGCAUCUCUGGCUAAUAAAGUAUUUAUCCAGAGAGAUUACACUGAGGGAACUGUCUGCAAAUUCCAGACCAAAUUCUCCUCCGAACUGGACAGCAGGAUUGAGAAGACUCUGUUCGAGGACACGGUGAAGACUCUGAAUAAUUACUAUGCAGAGGCGGAGAAGAUUGGAGGCCAUGCCUACCUCGAGGGCUGCCUCGCCUGCAUCACAGCCUACCUCAUCUUCCUCUGCAUGGAGACGCGCUAUGAAAAGGUCCUGAAAAAGAUCUCCCAAUACAUUCAGGAGCAGAAUGAGAAGAUCUACGCUCCCAGAGGCCUCCUCAUUACUGACCCUAUAGAGAGGGGCAUGAGAGUUAUUGAGAUCAGUAUUUACGAAGACAGAGGUUCCAGUGGAUCGAGUUCAGGAAGCAGCACCACCAGUAGCAGUGGACGAUGAUGGUCUUCCCGACACACACACACACACACACACACACACACACACACACACACACACACACACCCACACACCCACACACCCACACACACACACUUUCGCGUUCCAGACACAUUCUUUGUUUCAAGUAAAAAAGAUAUAAACAUCCCAAUCACCAACACCGUCCAUCUGCAGGUCGCACCACAUGAGAAUGGGUGUGGCUCCGUGUCCAUCUGCAGGUCGCACCACAUGAGAAUGGGUGUGGCUCCGUGUCCAUCUGCAGGUCGCACCACAUGAGAAUGGGUGUGGCUCCGUGUCCAUCUGCAGGUCGCACCACAUGAGAAUGGGUGUGGCUCCGUGUCCAUAUAUGGAAUCGUCAAAUAGGAAAUAGGAGUUCAUUUUCAUAUUUGGUUCCUGUGUUAGAAUUUCUAAGGGGACAGGAAUCUUCACGGCUAGUCAGGGCUGGAGGACCUUCACUGGUUCCUACAGAGAGAGAGAGAGAGACAACCUGGAGAACCUUUAGAACUUCUCCAUUUUCACAUCAAGCUUCUAAAGUCACAUCACUGCCACAGAACACAACACUAAAACAUCAUCACAGUCUCUCAAUAGCUUCAUCAUUACACUCUCAACUUUGGAUAGUUAAUGAUUAUACCUCUAUAAAAUGGUUCUAUAGAUAACAUGACAAGAUUGUCACGAUGAUAUCAGAGGUGUGAGUGUGUGUGUGUGUGUGUGUGUGUGUGUGUGUGUGUGUGUGUGUGUGUGUGUGUGUGUGUGUGUGUGACUGACAGACAUUUACUCUGAGCCAUGUGCACUGGUCUCAGAUCUGCAGACAGAUCACAACCCUUCUCCAAUCACUCAACAUGAGCUUCUCAGGACACACCCACUAUUACCUUGUCAUCCAUAUGCGCUGGAGAUCCACACAUCUCAGGGGAAUGGUCUACAUUUACACACACACACACACACACACACACACACACACACACACACACACACACACACACACACACACGCAUGAUUUUCACUUCUGCACCUGUGUGUUGUAUGUAGCAGCCUGUAGACCUGAUGCAGAGCAGGAGAGAGUCUUCCACAAUGGGACAAUGGGUCAAGAGUCUGCCAUGUUUGCACUUUUCCUUUUUAAAAUUUUUAUUUAUUUAUUUAUUUUUAUGUACCGGUGUUUAGCUUGAAGCUGCACGAUGACGAUAUCAGUUAUGAGUCAGACGCAGAACCACUCCGGGGUCAGAGCCAUGUAGACGUAGACGUGCUGAUAUUUAUUAUUAACCUAGAAAGAACCAAAUCUGAUCUCGCUUCAACCUGUUUCUCUUUUUGUCAGUUUUUUAUUUUUCCCCUCUUUAGAAUGAGAUGUUUUAUUUUGUAGAGUGAUGACGGUUUCAGAAAAUGAGACAAACUGGAGCAGGUUUUUUUUA